AUGAGCUUUCCGAAACCCAACAUCGCCGCUGUCCUCGAGACAGCUAAGGCACAGGUCACCGUGAAGGAACGCCCAAUUCCCACACCUGGUUCUCACGAACUCCUCGUUCUCAACCAUGCAAUUGCUGCCAACCCUGUCGAGUGGAGAAUCCAGGACUUCGAUUUUCUAGUCACCAAGUACCCCAACGUGCUCGGCAGCGAUGUUUGCGGCACCAUUGUUGCAAUUGGAGACGGUGUCACGCGCUUCAAAGUCGGCGACCGCGUCACUGGCUUCGCAGCUGUAAUUUACAACUCGGACAUUGACCAUGGCGCAUGGCAAACAUACACGCUUCUGCGAGACAUCGGUACUACAAAGAUCCCCGACAGCAUGUCGUUUGAAGAGGGCUCCGUUUUCCCCAUGGGUUUUGCGACUGCUGCAAUGGCUCUUCUUCAGAAUCUCGGCAUUCCAAGGCCUCCAGGACCACUGCCGGCAGAUAUGAAGGACACUGCGCUUCUAGUCUGGGCCGCUUCCUCAUCGGUUGGCUGCUCGGGGAUCCAGAUUGCUAAAGCCCUAGGCCUCCCUGUCUAUGCAGUCUGUAGUAAAAAGAAUCACGCAUAUGUUAAAUCGCUGGGUGCCACCGAGACCUUCGAUUACCACGAUCCAGAUGUCGUUUCCAAGAUUGUCGACAUCGCGAAGAAGAAUGGAGUGUCUAUUACGAAGGCUUUUGAUACAAUUAGUGAACAUGGAAGUUUCCAGCUUGUUGCUGAUGUGCUGGUUCGGGGUGGAAAGGGCGGGGCAUUGGCUACGGUGUUGGAGUGGCCAGCUACUGAUCCAAAGCCAGAGGGGAUUGAUAUUUCGAUGACCUAUGCGUUGAGGACAGGAACAGAUCUGCCGGAGUUUGGAGCCUGGCUCUUUAACGAUUGGCUUGCGGAUGCGUUGGAGAAGAAAAUCGUUGUUCCGGCACCCAAGAUUCAGAUCGUAGGGGGAGGCAUUGGAGCAGCUCAGAAGGUCUAUGACAUGCUAAGACCCGGCGUCAGCGCGACCAAGCUUGUUGUUAAAGUCUAG